GCAAUUGAGCAAUUGUGCAAAAUGGAUGCGCUACGCUUCCGGGGUUCACCAUUCGCCCGAUUUACGGGCCAGUCGACCGGACCGGGCCAUCCCCGCCCACCGCCACACCCACAGUAUCCGCAACGCCCACAGGCGAUGGGAGCACAUGGCAUCAGUGCCCCCGAGCCGCUGAUUGUGGUGGAGGAGUCCAAUCUGCCGGAGGAGCAGGACGACAGCUCCGAGCCGACGGUCUCCAAUCGCGGCAGCCUGGACAUCGACUCGCCCGUGAAUCCGUAUCUGCUCUCGCCCUGGCGGGAUCCUCGCGAGGCCAGGAAGCAUUCCCUGCCCUCGCAGCAGGUGACCGACGGCAUCACGGCCAGCCAAGUGCGCCGGCUCUCGGAGCGCGGAGGCGAGGGAUCCGGGCCCACACCCAAGGAAGCCGCCUUCCUGGCCACCCUUUCGCAGGCACCGGCGCCCACCGGACGUCGCCACUCGGUGGUGACCAUCUCCAAGGUGCCCACCACUCUCUUUGGGCGCUCGCGCCGCGAAUCCGUGGCCGCGUAUCCCAACAGCAAUGGGAGCAGUCGGGUGCUGAGCUCCCGCCGGGAGAGCAACACAGGACCCCCAUCGACAGACCCCAUCGGCAGCAUCCACAACCUGCAGCUGGACAUCAUGGACGACAUCUACUUGCAGUCUCGCAAGGCGCGCUUGAAGCUCUGGACCUCCUCCAACGAGAAGGUGUGCGAGGUGCAGACCGUCGACGAGGCGGGCUCCGGCCAGCCGGGCCGACGAUUCACUAACCGUCGCUACUCGGAAUGCCCCCAGCCAGGAUUGGCCAGCUCCUUUCGCCGCGCCUCCGAGCUGCCGCCGUCGCAGCAGCAGCAGCAGCAGCAGCAGCAGCAGCAGCAGCUGCAGCAGCAGCAGCAGCAGAAUUCUGCUCGUGCCUCGACGCGUCGCAAGAAGUCGGGCAGUGGCACUGGACUCCUGGGCAGUCGUACAGAUAUCGCCGGCAUAUUUAGUUCGUUGACCAGCUCGGCCAUGGAUGUGCACCGGGCAGAACCAGAAGGUCGGGAUGGCAGCUCAAGUGCCAGUUCUUCGGCAACGGCACCGGCCAGUAGUCCGUUUCUCAGCCAGACGUUUCAGGCGGCCGCUCGUGGGCGUGCCACCAGUGCUACGCCCACACCGACGGCCCACAUCGGAUCACUGGCGGUGGGCGGCGGAGGUGGUGGAGGCGGUGGGGCAUCUGGAACCACAGGUGGCCUACUCGAUCCCAAUGCCGGCCGGUCGACGCGAUCCAACAGCUUCGAUGUGUCGCUGCUGAACAACGCCAAGCAGCUGGUGAGCGAUGUCCAGGACAACGGAUCCGCCACCCUGUCCGGUUGGUUUGCCAAGCGGCACACGCCCUUGGCGCGCAAGAAGAGUGUCCGGAGCAAGAGUUCGGCAGUGGCGCUGUCCAAGGAUGUGCUGGAGCGGCUGCAGAAGAAGGAUCCGCUGGGUGGUGACUCUGGCAAGCCGAAGCUGAAGCCAAGGAGCAAGCAGAAGACCUGGGCGGAGUCCACCAAGGCGACGGUGGAUGCCACCAUUCUGGGCACGGCCAUCGAGGGUUUCCUGCGCAAGAGCUCCAAUGCCAGCAUGGGCGGAUCUUCCGGCGGCGGUGCCUCCACAUCGGCAGCGGCACGCGGUGCUACGCCCAAGGCGGGCCGGGAUUCGGGCAGCGCCAGCGGCAGUCCCGCCCACGGUGCCCGGCGUAAUCGACCAUCCGCCAGCAGCUCGGCUCAAUCGCAGGCCGGCCGGGCCGUCCGCUCCACGCUCAAUUGGUUCGGCAAGGCCGACGAGGACGACUCCAAGGACACCUGUGACGCCUCGCUCUGCGCCACGCUCAAGGACCUCUUCGUCAAAUAGGUCGCGGGGCGCAGAGGCAAGUAAGGCAAUGGGCCGAGUCCCGUCUAGAGCAGCACACCGCACACGCAUCACACAACACAUUGAAUCAAACACUGAGAACACCGAGAA